CUUCCCGUCCUCUCUCUCUCUCUCUCGCUUUAGCUGGCGAACGACGAAGAAUCCAUCCCCACCCUACUUCCUUUUUAGUUGUCGACUACUGUACCUAUCCGCUUCUUCACACACUCCCAAGCUUCCUCUCUCUAAAUUCUCCUCUUUAUCUCUGUCUCUUGUCGUUCCUCGUCGUCGUCCUCCUCUUCGUUCUCCUCCAAUGGCGCCGUUGUCGGAUUCAUCGUCGUCGGAGCAGCAGCAGAGCAUUUUGGUGACGGGUGGCGCGGGGUUCAUCGGGACGCACACGGUGCUGCAGCUCCUCAGGGGGGGCUUCCGUGUCACCAUCAUCGACAACCUCAGCAACUCCGUCCCGGAGGCCGUCGACCGCGUCCGCGAUCUCGCUGGCCCCGCCCUCUCCCGCAAUCUCCAAUUCUACCUCGGCGAUCUUCGGAACAAGGAGGACUUGGAGAAGGUCUUCUCCGAAACCAGAUAUGAUGCUGUCAUCCAUUUUGCUGGACUGAAGGCUGUUGGCGAGAGUGUGGCAAAGCCUUUGCUUUAUUACAAUAACAAUUUGAUUGGCACAAUAAACUUGUAUGAGUUUAUGGGAAAAUAUGGUUGUAAAAAGAUGGUCUUUUCAUCAUCUGCUACAGUUUAUGGUCAGCCUGAAAAGAUUCCAUGUGUUGAAGAUUUUGAGCUCAGAGCAAUGAAUCCAUAUGGUAGGACGAAGCUUUUUCUUGAAGAGAUAGCUCGUGAUAUUCAAAAGGCUGAUCCAGAAUGGAGAAUUAUACAUUUAAGAUACUUCAACCCUGUUGGAGCUCAUGAGACUGGUCAUAUUGGUGAAGAUCCUAAAGGUAUUCCAAAUAAUUUGAUGCCUUACAUCCAGCAAGUUGCUGUUGGCAGGCUGCCUGAGCUAAAUGUAUAUGGAUAUGAUUAUCCAACAAAGGAUGGUACUGCGAGAAAUAGAGCUAGAACCGGUGAAGAAAAUCCAAGCUUUGGAGAUCUGCGAUGCAAGCUUGAAAAUUUUGUAGAUGAAAUACGAGACUACAUUCAUGUCAUGGACUUAGCUGAUGGCCAUAUAGCAGCUCUUAGAAAGCUUUUUGCUACGGAAGAUAUUGGUUGUGUUGCUUACAACUUGGGGACUGGCCAUGGAACAUCUGUACUUGAAAUGGUUGCAGCAUUUGAGAAGGAAUCUGGCAAGAAAAUACCCAUCAAGUUAUGCCCAAGGAGACCAGGUGACGCUACUGCUGUCUAUGCAUCGACAGAAAAAGCUGAAAAGGAACUAGGUUGGAGAGCACAAUAUGACAUAGAAGAUAUGUGCAGCGACCAAUGGAACUGGGCAAGCAACAAUCCAUAUGGUUACCAGCCCCAACCUUGAAUUCUCAAGUUGUCAGUCUCGUGCAAAAAGCCAAGUAGAUAUUAGACUAUGGAAUUCCAAAUAAUCUUUCUUUUCUGCCAUGACGAGCCAUUUGCCAGGUUCAGAAAUGUCUUUGUCACAUCAUGAACUAAAGUAAGACAUUAUCUUUUUUUAUCGUGCAGCUGGUUAAGCCCUUCUUUGUGAAAGGUUAAGUUGGAAUCAAAUGCACAUUUUACUUCAAGGUGUUUCUAAAUGAAGUUCAGUGUCAGAGAGUGAGAAGUAUGGUCUGUAGAGGCUCAGGUUCCCGUUGUUGAGGUCACAGGUACAGUUCACAUAUGCAGCUAUAGAAGUGGAUGAUAUCGCUGGUGCUCUGUGCCCUGUUUAGGGGUGCCUUUACGGUCUUCGAUCCAACCUGUUCAUGGAGAACUGUGGGCGAUCAGGUUGAGUUAGCUUGCUUUGAGUUUUAUUUGGUUACAUUGGUCUGGUUUGGUCAAGUUUGAUCCACUCGAGUCUGAUUAGAUUGGGUUGAUGUAGGUCACAUUUACUUGAGUCUGGUCCAUCGGAGCCAUAAACUCAAAAUUAAUGACUUUGAAAGCAAUUGCCUUGAAGUAA